CUUUUUGGGCUCUGAUUGUCCAUGAUUCCCUGUAGGCUGACCGUGAAUUCUGACAGCGUCGCCAAACAACUGGAAGCGACAAACCUCAUGGCGGGAGAAAUGAUGGAAGCUCAGAAUGCCACACUCCAGUCGCAGGAGGAGAUCCUACGCAACGGGCACCUGCUGAAGGAGACCCUCCAGGAGUCCACGAUGGGAGUGAGACAAGCUUUCCAUGAAAUGCAGCAGUCGGCCAGCGAGCAGCGCCUGCUCUUCUCCGAAAUCUUUAACAGAAUCACCUACCUGCACCAGUUUGUGGUGGGAGAGUCGAAUACCCUCUACUCCUUCCUGUACAACCUCAUGGGCUGUGGUGCAGUGUUCCUGGUGACCUCCACUCAGCGCACAGCUGGCGCCAGGCUGGUUCUGUUUGGUCUGGUGGCUGCCAACAUCUAUACAGAGAGGAUGAUCUGCUCCUAUAUCUUGGGAGGCUCUCGGCCCAGCUAUGACCAGACGGAGAGCGUCGCCUUCUGGAUUGGGAUAGCAAGAAAGAUCUCCAUUUCCCUUGGGUUACUGGUUCUUCUUUAUGUCUUCGUAACACAUCGGGAUAUUCAGAAGCAGAGCUUGGAGGUGCUCCAUGGACUUCAGGAGACUAAAGCUGAGCUGCAGAGCAUUAUACGGGAAGCCGAAAAGCUGCUCAACAAACCCGAGAGUUCCCAAGAGAAGUUUCUACUGAAGGAAGACUUGAUCUUUGGAGAUUCUGGGAUUCCCGAUCCUUCCUUUAUUCAGGAACUUCCCCAGGGUGACAGCCUGAGGGACUCCAUGUAUAGCGUACAACUGGCACAAAUUACAAGCACGCCAAGAAGAAGAGUUCGCUCCCGUUCACGCAGCAGCAGCCGCAGAAGGAGCUCUAGACCGUCGGAGCCGGCGGUAUACAAUGUCCCGGUAACACAGCCAAUGACUCCACGUUACAACCUGCGCAGCGGAGCUUCGAUGAACCAUUCUGAAAUGUAAACUGCGUGGCCCCUGGCCUGUCUGAUUCCCACCCAGCACUUAGUGUGACGAUUUCCGCUUCCAAUGUGCAAGACGUCUUGAACCAUUUUAAACUUUCAUAUUAAAUAAAUUUAUAUUUAUA